AUGUGGAACGCUUCACGAUUUUGCGUGUCAUCCUUGCGCAGGGGCCAUGCUAAUCUUCUCUGUAUCGUUCCAAUUUUAGUAUAUGUACUGCCGAAGCAAGUACGAUUGCUAGUGUUCGUUCCUUUAAUUAGCAGUGGCGGCAAGAGAAGAAGAAGGUGGAGGUGCGCAGGAGGAACGCAGGGGCGGCGGUGGUGCAGGGGGUUGGCGGUAGAGAAGCUCGAACAGGAGGAGGUGGAGAUGUAUGAAGAGAGAGCAGGAGGAGGACGAGGAGAGGAAGAGGAGAAAGCAGGGCGACAGGGGGAGAGAAGGGGGAGGUUCGACGAGGAGGUAGACGAAGAGAAGGGGAUGAACGAAGUGAAGGGAUGCUGGUGGGGACGAAGAGGAUGGAAGGAGAACGCGUUUGCAGUGGGAAUCGGCGGAAGACACGGAAGUGCUUUAAAUAAUCGGCAGCAGACUGAAAAUAUCCAACGACCGGAAACAGCGACGGAGAGCACAAAUGCAGCCGAUAAUCAACAUAUUAAACGGCAGCGAAGC